GUCGUUAUAAAAUCUUCCAUAAAUAAUUAGUAAAUGCCCAAUAUAUAGUGUACAAGAGUCUUAGAUUUAUGCUAAGAGCCGGCAACGUCGCAUGCGGCGUUCGUGCACAAUCUGACAACCAUGUGACAUCCAAAAAAAUGGCGAUUGACAGACAAAUCGACCUAUGGAUAACACGUGACUAAACCUUCUUCAGGUUUUGUGGGUCGCAGCAUAGAACUAGAAGGACUCAUGUUCUGCAUUCUGUUGUAUUGUGAUUUUUGCAUAACCAUUAGUCAUUAGCCAAUCAAUAAUCCAGUUAUGUCAACAGUAUGUGGAAAGUCGGAGAUCUUUUAAAAACUUGAAAACAAUGCGAACAUUAUUUUAAUUGCCUUGAAUACAGCCAUUAGCCAUGUUUUAAAGUUCAUGCUAUAUAGAUAAAUCACAUACAUGCUCUUUGUAAAUUUUGUUGUCGGUGAAACCGAGCGUGAGUAUCAGAAUGAAUACUGUUGGCAUUUUGUACGUUGUUAAUGCCUGUGAUGAAAAACGACAUGAAAAACCAAGUGACGAUACAGUCGAAUACUUAACGAACGAGCUCAAAAGUUUGAAUUACACGGUGGAAGAUAUUGAAAUUGUGAAACAGAAGGAGCAGCUUAUUUCCAGUACAUUACAAAGAUUUUCUGCACAGUUCGAUGUAACAAUUGUUAUUUCAUAUGUUAGUAGCACUUCUCUUUUUGAAGCACUCGUCAAAAUUAUGGGAGCAGAUCGUGUAAAUGGUGGAAAGCUUUGUAAUUUAUAUGAUGGAACUGUGAGCAAUUGUAAUCUACCAGCUGGUGUGAAACUGCUUUCAGUCGAUUCCUUAGAAUUGCCUGUUGUGUAUUUUCAAAGGAUAUUCAUUUUGAAUGGGGAAUUUCUGGAAUAUCAGUUUACUAAAGUUGUAAAGGAUCGUUUGAAAGUAUACAAACAAAUUCCAAGUUAUUCAAAGGUAAUCAAAAUCAAGAAUCACACUAAUUCUAAUCAUAGUAUUGAAAGUAUUCUUAAUCAAUUAAAAACCUAUAUUAACUCUGGUGUGGCAGUAAAAAAUUAUGAUUCAGAAAUCAGAAUUGGAAGCACAUUCUUUGAAAAUAUUGUGGAAUGUACAGAAACCUUGAAAAAGCAACUGAAUGAGGUAGAUAUUCAGUUUGAGGAACAUGUGGGAGAAGAUUUUUCUGAGAUAUAUGAAAGCAGAGAAGCACAUAUAAGGCAAGCUAUUGAGAAUAUUGAAGAAUGUCUUAGAAAAUAUGGACCAGAAAAUGUAUUUGUCAGCUUUAAUGGUGGCAAAGACUGCACAGUACUCCUACAUUUAUAUUACAUUGUCUUAAAAUAUAAAUAUCCAGAAUUCAAGGAACCAAUUUACUGUUCAUAUGUGAAAAAUAGUAAUGUAUUUCCAGAGCAGACAGAAUUUAUAAGACAGUGCAAGGUUUAUUUUAAUUUGGCGAUUGAAGAAAGUAGCACUGUGAACAUGAAGGAACAUUUAGAACAUAUUUUAAAGGCUAGACCGAAUUUAAAAGCUUGCCUCAUGGGCACAAGGAGGACAGACCCAUAUUCAGAAAAGCUGAAUAUCUUUGAGCUGACAGAUCCUGACUGGCCACGAAUAAUGAGGGUCAGCCCUUUAUUGGAUUGGCACUACUCAGAUAUAUGGGAUUAUCUAUUAUUUUACAAAGUUCCCUAUUGUAAGCUGUAUGACUAUGGUUAUACAUCACUAGGAGAUGCUUCCAGCACAAACAAAAAUCCAGCAUUAAAAUGUGUUAAUGUGAAAAUAGGUAGAUGCGUGUACUUACCAGCAUACAAACUGUUAAAUGAAUCCAAAGAAAGAAUAGGCAGAAAUAAAACUGUUUACGAUUGACAGGUAGCAAUAGCAAUGUAGUAAACUUGAUUUUGCUUAUUUUAUUGUCGAAUAUUUAUUAAAAUCUGUUAGUAUUUUUA